AUGGGCGCUGCUUGGUCCGCAUGGGAUCCACUGUCCGUUUGUGCAGGGGGACCAGCUCCAGCCAAUGGGCAAACGAGGAUUGCAGGUGGCAGUCAGGAAGUGCAUCAAGCGGUGGAUGAGAUCAACGCACAGGCUGUCGAGCUCGAAGAAGCAAUGAUGCAAGAGGCCAUGUACCAAAGCCUGGUAAACGUUCCUGCCGUCGUGGAGGGGCAUGAGGAUCCUGACUUGCAGGCGGCGAUCCAGCAGAGCAUGUGCCCGCAAGCGCCACCUGAGCCUGCUCCAACGGAGGAGUCGAUGCGAUUGCAGCGGCUGCUGGACAGCUUGGGCAUGAAGCGGAUUGAUGUCGGAUCCACAAACCUGAGCGAAGACGGAGCACUCCUGAGCAAUCAGUGCUUUUACCUUGCAAUAGCCCGGAGCUGGCUUGCUUCUGCCGACCAUGGAAGUGGUAUGCUGGUCAGGGAUUCUGCUUUGCAGCUGAAGCGGGAGAUCGAAGCAUGCGUCUUCUGUGUCAGAGGAGAUGCGCGCGAACUGGGCGAUGAAGCUGAGGCUUACACGGACUACCUAUCAUGCGUAAUCCAAGGGCAGAGCCCAGCCUCCUCUUCGGCCAUUGCAGAUUUGGCAAUUGCAAUCUUUGCAUCGAGCCUGGGUGGGAUUGAAGCCUACGAGGGACAAGGUUACUCCGCCCUCCCGCGAGAGCAGCAGGUCUCCAACCUGGCUCUGGUCUGGCACCGUCCUGGGCACUUCGAAGCCGUCGUGGCCAGCGAUGGAGGCAAGGUGGGCAUCAACCUACGAGAGCUCAUCGCAAUUGCUCAGGGGCAGAACGUGGUUGCCGCCGUGGUCAAAAACUGA